UUAACUGCUUUUUUUUUGUUAAAAUGAACAUUCAAAGAUAAAUGAAAAAGCUUAGCAUCGAAUAGGCUUUACUGUUUCAAGUUUUACGAUUUAUCAUGUCAGGAAGUUGCUCUGACAAGUGAAUUUCAAUGAGGACACUCAGAAUAAAAACCCUCGUUAAAGCGUAGAAAACUUACACAUCCGUUGAAAAGGUGAUGAAGAGGCCAUGUAGCUAUAUCUUGGACGACUUAUUUUGAAUAUUGGAGAAGGGGACUACAUGAAGGUCUGCUGAAGGCUUUCGAAAAAAUAGAAACAUCACUGGCUGCAGGAAAUUAACGUCAUCAAUGAAAUGCAAAUUGUGUAUUCAUAUUCAAUACUCUUGACAGUAGUUCUAACUGAGUCAACGCCAAGACACCAGUUAUUGGUCAUAAAAGUUGCAAUAUCAUCACGAUGUCCAUAUCUUAUAAUUGAACCGAUUAGAAUUAUGGCCCCAAAAUUUUCCCUAAUAGUACUUGGGCAACUAAGAAAUAAGGAUAAUUCUAGUUCCUUUUUUUGUAUAAUCACUUACAGCAAAAAAAUAAAAAAUAAGUUGCUAUUUGAUACGAAAUUCAAACCUAGUGUAUGAUACUAUUGAGCUGUAAAGCAAUUAACGUGAAAAUUUGUCUUGCUAAGCAAGUACUAGUAGGUAUCUCAGAAUCGGUAAAGUAAACAAAGAAAAACAAAGCAAACACUUUUUUACGGCGGGCGAUAAAGGGAAAGAGAUUUGUUUCACUUUCCAGAGCAUUUUUAACGUUGUAAAAUUGCC